AUGGACGGGCAAACAGCGGCAGCGCCGCUGGGGCAGGGAGUCGGAUAUGGAAUCGUUCUGGGGCUAGGAACUCUCUUUGCUCUAGGCAUGAUUCUGGUCACCGUCAUUCUCAAGAGGUAUAACUCGGAGCGCCAAACUUCGGAGAUGUUCAACACGGCAGGGAGAACUGUCAAAAGUGGGCUUGUCGGUUCUGCAGUAGUUAGUUCAUGGACAUGGGCAGCCACACUCCUCCAAUCCUCAGGUGUCUGUUAUAGAUAUGGUGUUUCCGGGCCAUUUUGGUACGCAUCAGGCGCUACUGUCCAGAUUCUUCUCUUCGCUACCCUAGCCAUUGAGUUGAAGAGACGAGCGCCCAACGCGCAUACCUUUCUCGAAGUAAUUAAGGCGAGAUAUGGCACUAUUGCACAUCUCGUUUUCAUGGUCUUUGGACUUGUGACAAACAUCCUCGUUAGCUUAAUGUUGGUUGUAGGCGGCUCAGCUACCGUGACCGCUCUCACUGGCAUGCAUACCAUCGCCGCGAUCUACUUACUCCCUGUAGGUGUUGUGGCUUAUACGAUGGUCGGUGGGUUAAAGGCGACGAUUUUGACCGACUGGAUUCACACUUUCAUCUUGUUGAUUAUUAUCAUCUUCUUCUCACUUACGGCAUAUGCGACAUCAGAUGUUCUUGGAUCGCCUUCUGCUGUCUAUGACCGUCUGGUUGAAGCUGCUACUGCUCAUCCUAUUGAAGGAAACGCUCAAGGGAGCUAUCUGACUAUGCGCUCUACCGAGGGAGUCAUCUUCUUCGUCAUCAACAUCGUCGGAAAUUUCGGAACGGUGUUCUUGGACAACGGCUACUACAAUAAAGCAAUAGCCGCAUCACCUGUUCACGCGCUUCCCGGUUAUAUUCUUGGGGGGCUUUCCUGGUUCGCCAUCCCCUGGUUAACUGCCACAACGAUGGGACUUUCGGCGAUCGCUUUGGAGCCCACUCCUCGGUUUCCAACGUUCCCCAACAGGAUGUCGGAAGAAGAGAUUUCAUCGGGUUUAGUUCUUCCAUACGCUUCCGUGGCACUACUUGGUAAGGGUGGUGCGAUAGGGAGUCUACUUAUCGUUUUCCUCGCCGUCACUUCUGCCACAUCUUCUGAACUUAUUGCGGUGUCGUCAAUCUUCACAUACGACUUAUACCGAACAUACUUUAAGCCUGACGCAAGCGGCAAGCGACUCAUCUAUAUAUCUCAUGUGAUCGUCUGUGUGUAUGCGUUGUUCAUAUCGACUUUCUCCGUUGGGCUUUGGUAUGCUGGCAUCUCAAUGGGCUAUCUCUACUUGUUGAUGGGCUGCAUUAUAUCUUCUGCAGUGAUACCCGCGACUCUUACGCUCGUAUGGUCAGGACAGAACAAAUGGGCCGCCGCCCUCUCUCCUCCGAUUGGGUUAGCAUAUGCUUUGACAGCAUGGCUCGUCACUUCGUCGAAGACAUGUGGCGCACUUGAUGUCGCCUGUACUGGUUCAAACAACCCUAUGCUUGCUGGUAACGUGACUGCAUUGCUAUCACCAGUUCUACUAGUCUCUCUCUUUACCUUGAUAUUCGGCUUGGAUAAAUAUGACUGGAAAUCUAUGAUGCAGAUUCGCAAAGCAGAUGAUCACGACAUAGUGGACGAGGGUGGCGUGGAUCCUGAAAGCAACGCUAGAAGACAAGCUGAAGCGAAUAAUCAACAUGAGACGGAGCAAGCUAAACUCUUGCGCGCAAGCAAGAUAUCCAAGUGGACAACUGUCGCAAUGACCUUGGCUUUCUUGAUCCUAUGGCCAUUCCCCCUAUACGGCUCUUCAUACGUCUUCUCCAAGCAGUUCUUCACAGGAUGGGUAACUGUGGGAAUUAUCUGGAUAUUCAUCUCGCUCGGUGCCGUUGGAUUGUUUCCCGUAUACGAAGGUCGACACACACUCAUCCAUACGGUUAAAUCGAUAUUCUUGGACUUGUCAGGCAGAAAACACCCCAAGACAAUUCAUGCAGAGAGAAUUAUGCCAGAUGAUGAACGCUCAACUAGCCCCGAUAGCCCUCUGAAGAAAAAAUCAGCUAUGGUCGACGAGAAACAUCUGUAA